AUGUUGUUGGCACUAGCAUUGGACCCUGAUGAUGUUGCGUGUCGAUAUAACAGGGCCCGUCUACUAUUCGAUACUAAAAGGAAUGAGGAGUGCGUUAAGGAGCUGAAUGAACUGAAAGAAGUUUCGCCAGACGAAGCUUAUAUUUAUCAUCUUUUAGUCCCGUCAACCCAGAAAUAUUUAGGAAAAGUUCACCGACGAUUGGGCAAUAACCACCUGGCAUUGCUAAACUACAGUUGGGCUACAGAAAUGGAUCCACGCGGUGAGCAGAUGUUAGGCCAUGCUGGUGAACGAUCUUACGACGACGACGAGCCGUCGCCUUCAGCAAGCUAG